GUCCAGCCACCGGCGUGGGAACACAGUCACCGUGAACAUGCUUCACCGGUGGAAAGCGAAUCGAAUGAUUUCGUCCGGCUCGUCGGCGAUUCUUCUAAUUUUCAUUUCUAGCAUUGUAUUUUGUGUUCCCUCUCUGGCGGAAGGAUCAGGAGGAGAAGAAGAUGCUCGGCGAAUCAUGCUGAGCUUCAAGGAGACGCCUGGUGGAGUAAACGCCUCCUUCGAAUGCUCUCCAUCUGGUCCCUGCGUUCCUUGUGCCUACUCCGAGAAGAGUGAUGCAAAAUACCGCUGCAGUGAAACUGGAUAUCGAAUUCCUUUCAAAUGCGAGGAAAUUAGAGACCGUACGAUGGAAGAGAAGAGCAAGAUAAUUCACAACCGAUCUGAUUUAGAGAGUGAAAUUGCUCACACAUACCCAAUAAGGCAAAGAAGUUUGUUGCAAGAUCCUUCCACUUCUGCGAGUGGAUUGCAGGCUUACAUAACUUACAGAAGCUGUAUAACCACAGUUAGUGAAGAGAGUUUGUCAGUACUUGGUUUUGAGGGAAUAAUGUUGGGCUUGCUGAUGAUAAGUGGUUCGACUAUAUACUACAGAAGAAAGCGAGCCAAUGCAGCAUCUGGUGGCAUGCCUGUAAGAGUUCCUAAGAAUUCUUGGUUUUGAAUCAAAUAGCGCCAUCGAUUGAAGGUUACCCCAAAAGAUGUCUCUAAAACCGCCCGGGUGGAGAUGAUGCUAUGCGGGUCGAGGCGUACAAUUUAUGUGGCUAAAACCAUUUACUCUGUCUGUCUUAAGGAUGAAUCCUUGCCCAAUGACUCUAAGGAGGCCAAGAAGAUUCAAAGGAUGGCUCUAAGUUAUGAAACCAUGGGAUCAUUUCAAAUUUUCGAUAUUAGCUGGUGAAGUACAAAAUUCUUCCGAUUAUCCUCGGAUUUGACAAUUUUUUGUGUAGAGAAAUACUCCCUCCGUCUCAAAAUAAGAUUCCUCUUUUGUUUUGGCAGAUAGCUUAAGAAAUGAAAAAUUGUGUGGUUG